CUUCACGUCCAAGAACCCUCCUGCCGCCGGGGCCAUGUUGAUCCAAUGCGGUCCGUCCGCCGCUUGCGGGACCUUCGCCGCUGGGCGAUGUUCCAGCGCGGGUGUGCGUUGGCGCCGUCACGAGCACAGAGGAGCCGGGUGGUGAGGUGCCGGCGAUUCCUACGGCACCCGGUGGCCUUGGGGGAGCUCCUCGCAAGCUUGCCACUGCAACCUUACACCCAUGAGGCGGACGACUUGGGCGAGGAUGGCGAAGCAGUGCAUUGCACCAAAUAUGUGCAGACCGCCCUUGAGUCCGUCCGUCCAGGACGGCCUGUUUGCACGUCGCUUCGCCACGCUGCGCAAGCGUAUCCUGCGACUGGCUGCGCGCGUGGCGCGCCAGGAAGGC